CAGAAGCUAACUCUCUCCGAAACAAUGAGUUAUACAACUUAUUUCUUAGCUUUUCAGCUUUGCGUGACUUUGUGUUUUUCUGGCUCUUACUGCCAGGCGCCCUUUUUUAAAGAAAUAACGAUCCUAAAGGACUAUUUUAAUGCAAGUACCUCAGAUGUACCUAAUGGUGGACCUCUUUUCUUAGAAAUUUUGAAGAAUUGGAAAGAGGAGAGUGACAAAAAAAUAAUUCAGAGCCAAAUUGUCUCCUUCUACUUCAAAUUCUUUGAAAUCUUCAAAGAUAACCAGGCCAUUCAAAGGAGCAUGGAUGUGAUCAAGCAAGACAUGUUUCAGAGGUUCCUAAAUGGUAGCUCUGGGAAACUGAAUGACUUCGAAAAGCUGAUUAAAAUUCCGGUAGAUAAUCUGCAGAUCCAGCGCAAAGCCAUCAGUGAACUCAUCAAAGUGAUGAAUGAUCUGUCACCAAGAUCUAACCUAAGAAAGCGGAAGAGAAGUCAGACUAUGUUCCAAGGCCAGAGAGCAUCAAAAUAAUUGUCAUCCUGCCUGCAAUAUUUGAAUUUUUAAAUCUCAAUCUAUUUAUUAAUAUUUAAUAUUUUACAUUAUUUAUAUGGGGAAUAUUGAUUCAUUGAUCAAAGUAUUUAUAAUGUAACUUUUAUGUGAUGAAAAUGGGUAUCUAUUAACAUAUGUGUUAUUUAUGAUUCCUGUAUCCUGUGACUAUUUCAC